GGCCUGGCACGACUCCUUGAAGAAUGAAAAGGUAAUUGAUCCCAAAAACUACUUGCCAUAGCGGGGUGUUCUUUCUACUCCGUAUCCGGCAGUAGAAAGAGAGAGAAGAGACAGGAGGGUAAAAAGUCCGUCCGUCGUCAACCCGGAGCCGUCCUGAACAGGCUCCAGCUGAAUGCUGUUUCCUCCAUUUGAAGCAACGAAGUGUUGAUACAGAUAAAGGAGGAAAUUUAACCGAGAUGAAGAUGAUCUCCAGCAUCCUGCUGCUCCUCAUCCUCAGCUCAUGUCUCUGUGCAGCAACAUUUGUAGUGAAUGUGAAACAGAGCAGCUAUCAGGCAGAGGAGAACCACAGCAUCACUCUGGAGUGGACCUUCACCACCAAGACUCAGGGAUCCUACAGGGAACUGUUCAUCUACUGCAGCAUGUUGAGUCCUCAUAAAGAAUCAGUUCUCUAUCAGGUCCAUGAAGGUGUUGAGUUUCCAGAAUCUCAGGAUGAACAGUUUUCAGGACGAGUCCAGAUUGACAAAGACGUCCUCAGAGAAGGACGAAUCAGACUCCAUGUGUCCAGACUGCGGACUGAAGACUCUGGUCUGUAUCUGUGUGACGUGAAAACUGAAGACGGUUCUGACAAUGCAGAAUGUCAACUCAAAGUCUUUGAAGUGAAGGACGUUGGUCAGAACCUGAUACAUGCAAAGGUGGGAGACGACGUUAUUCUGCCAUGUCAUCUGGAGCCUCCAUUUGACGUGAACAGACUUAUAAUCGAAUGGAGAUUCAAGGAUCAAAUAAUACUUGUGUAUCACAGUGGAGCUGAAGAUGAUGAAACUCCAGACCCAAAGUACCAGGACAGAAUCUUUAUGUUCCAUGAUGAGUUUAAAAAUGGCAACAUUUCCCUCAAAUUGAUCAAAGUGACCAAAGAGGAUGAAGGGAUUUAUACUUGCUUUGUUCCCAACCUGCAAAGUAAAGUCAGGAAGGUGAACGUUACUCUAAAACUUGAUGAAAAUGGAGCCCAAGACAACUUGAAUGUUCCUGGAGGAGAUGAUGCUGGAGUUAUUAUUGUUAUUGUUGUUGGUGUUGUUGUUGUAUCACUCAUCUUCAUCAUCCUCAUCUUAAUCAUAAUCUGUGUUGUUCUUCGCCGCAGAGGUAAACCAAUUUUUUCUUGCUGGAGCAACAAAUCUCGAUAUGGACAAAUGAGAAAUGAUGGAGAUCGGAGAGAAAACGGUAACCAAGGAGAUGGAGAUGAAGAAAGAUCUUUUACAGGAACAACAAAACCAAAGUGUCUGAAUCAUUCCUCCUGACGUCUCUUCAACCACGUUUUGAUUUGACUUUUAUACGUACAUAACUGUGAGUAAUAAUUAAAAUACUGGAUGCCUUAAACCCAAAAGCAAGUCCUUCAUAUUAGAUCAAAGAUUUAAUAAUUUUGUUUUUAGAUUAAAAAAAGGAUGAAGAAUCAUGUAAGUUAAAAAAGAACGUUUUAUGUCCAUAAAUGUUUCUGUAGUUUAGAGUUUCUUACUCAGUUUUUAAAAACUGAUUUUUCUUUAAAAGUAUUUUUUAAUACAUGUAAAAGUUGACAGACUUGAUCCCCAGUUUGUGUCUAAAAAAGGUUUUUAAUUUAA